GCGUAAAGUACUAACAGGCCCAAUGUAGAAACCUUGGCUCUUAGUCGAUCAAACAGAGGAGAAAUGAGUUUGGCUCCUCUGUUCUUCCAAACACAUCAAUUUUCUGGGAACUUCUUGUUCCUUUUAACAAAAGUGAAAAGCCCAUUUGUUUUGUAUUUUCCUUGUUACGUUUCAAUCAAAACCCUCAAACCCAUUAGCUAUCCCAACCUUUUCCCUUCUUCCAUGGUGCGCGGUUUCAUAUUGAUUCACCUAAGUGCUGCUAACCCAUCUCCAGAUCGAUUUAUUCCUAAAGUCACAGGCGAUCCCUUUCUACAAUCAUCACCAAAGAUCUUCGCAAGAUGGAACCGACUGCUAAUGAUCGAUUUCAUCUAAUAUUAAGGAGUAGACAUCAAACAAGCUGCUACAUUGAACCGACCACAACAACAACAACAGUAGGAUGUGUUAGUGAGACACUCCUCAAGUAAAUGACAACCAGCUAAUGGUUUCUAGUUAUGAUAAUGGCCAUGAUACCAGCAAUGGAUGUGGAACGCAAAAUAUUUUCUUCUGGUAUGGAGUGUUUCUUCCACGUCUGUGUUUAGUAUCCUGGGCGAGUGGGACAAUAGAAAUUGGUUACGAAAGAAGAUGAUGGAUCAUCUGCAGGACAAACGGCAGAGAUCAGUUUCCAUAGGUUGGAUCAACCGUUUCUCAACCUUUAAUCAGUUCAAGAAAAUUCAUAGGAAUUUUUCUAUAACCUUUUAUGCAAGAUUGGACACUGGUAUCCACAUUCUUUUCUCAUUCUGCCUGCAACCAUCCAGGUAUUUACAUGCUGUAUCGAAAUACAUGACUUUCGUAAUGACUCCAUUCACAUGGAGUAGCUCUAUUUCUCUUAUCGCAUUUGAUAUAGACUUCACGGUCACGAUUCAAGUUCUCGCAGUUGCAUGGCUAGUUUCUGCAUACCUUGAACACUCAACCAUGUGUGGAAUCAGAUAUUAUGUUCAUAUAGACUAUAGUGGAACAUAUACUUAAGAUUGCAGCGCAAGUACAAGUUUAAGCAGCAGUAUGGAGAUUAUUGUCUUUUCUUCAUCUGGCGUGUCAUCAAGAAGCAUAACCUCUUCCUCCACAUCCAGAAGAAUGGUGAUGCUUGUCUCUGGCAUCUGCACGAUUCGCCUUCCCUCUGCCGGGUGGCUUACAACCAACCGUCCAAUCAUCGGCUUCGGAUGUUCUGUCGAAGGACGUGCCCAUCCUCCAUGACCAACCUGUGGAUUAUUCUGGGCACUGCCAACAGCCCCUGAGCAAUAUGAGUUGGUAGCAGAAAUGAGUUACCAUAUAAAGACAGUGGGUAUACAUUUGAGAAACAAAAAGAUAGAACAGGAGUAACAAGUUCAAGCAGGCACAUUACAGAAUAACUAGACAAAUGAGGGACUAUCCAGAGUCUCAGACAUCAAGAACAAGGACAGGCAGAUCAUGAAAAGUUCAAGCAUACGACUCUUUUGCAGAAGAAACGGGGGGAAAACAUAAAGCCACAAUUUUACUGUUGAAGCUUCUUCCCCAGCCAAGCAAAGGAGAUCAAACACUACCAUUCCAAGCUUGUUUAAAAUUAGGAAGUUCAUCUAGACACACAAAUGGGGGAAAUUAGGCUACAGUGUACGUCAUGCUGGGACAAAAAAUAAGAAGUUAGAAUUAGGAAGCUCACCUUGCUCAAGAUUAUGCAGGAUCUGCUGUGCAUCCACGUUCCCAUCUGAGUUAAGCUUCCGUGCUAAGUUAUGUAGGAUUUGUUCAUGUCCAGUAGUGUAGGAUUUGUUCUUCUGUAUGGGGAUUUCUUUCAUGUCUGUGUUUAGUUUUCCUUUGAGAGUAGGAAAAGAGAAAUCGGUCACAAAAGUUGACGAUGGAUCAAUUGUACAACAAGAUGCAGGUUGGUUUUAGUUGUCCAAUGCACGUCAUGCUCGGCAAUCUAGAUGACCUUUUGCGUCCUCAGAUUCUAUGGUUUCUCGACCUUCGUUCGAGUUAAGAAAAUUCAUAGACUUUCUGAUAAUCUUUUAUGUAUUCGAUCUUCGCCCGCUAUUUUAAUAUCGAGAUCUAACACUGGCAUCUCCCUUCUUCAUGCUACAUCAAAAUACACCUUUUUGUAAUGGCUCCAUUCAUGUGGACUAGCUACUUACUCCAAAGAUACAAUGUUAUGCAGAUUGCUUGCAGAACAGAUGGAUAAAUAUGAAACUGUGCUCUCUUACUCUUAUUGUAGUGUGCUUCAAGUAAAGUGGCUCGUGGUUCGUAUAUAAACUCCUCUUCAAACAAAGACAACCACAUAGGUGCUCGUCACCACGUACUUACUACCAUCAUCAUCAUGACCAGCCCAAACCAAGUAACCUUGAUGAACAGCAGUACUGUCACUUGCUGUCACAUUCCCCAACCUGGUAAACGUAACAGAGUAACUCGCUUUCUCUCCCACCUCCUUGAACGACAUCUCCCUAGGCGCGACUUCAACGUCGAGAAUCCCUUUCCACGAACCAGCCACGCUCAUGUACCUCGAGUUAGGCCGGCCAACAUUAGUAACCGUUCGAGUGUACGUCUUCUUCUGCUCGCCAGCACCCAGCGAGAUGGAGAAUGUCGGGUAGUUCAGCUGAGCCUCCGGUAUCGAAGACCCAGUACUCGAGCAGUUCACCUUCCGCUGCACGAUCAUUCUCACUUGCUUGUCGUCAUAACCCAACCCACAUAGGUAAGGAACGAAGUCAUCCGGCUCGAUAUCGUAGACCAGCCCCGGGUUCAGUGCCUUGGUUGGGUCCACAUGGCCCGAACCCAUGUCAAAGACCGUGGCUGGAACAUUCUGCUCGGUGGAGAUCGGGUUGUAAUCGAGAUCGUAGGUGUAAGCUGUGGUCAAAAUGGCCGACUUUAUGGCUGCAGGGGACCAAUUGGGAUGAGCACUCUUGAUCAGAGCUGCAACUCCACUCAGAUGUGGGCAAGACAUUGAAGUUCCUGAUACCACGUUGAAUGGGGUUGUAGCAUUGUCGACUGGUUCCCCCCAAGCAGCCAGAAUGUUGACCCCGGGGCCGAUGAUGUCCGGCUUCAGGAUCCCGGGAGAUUGCAGGUUGGGACCUCUGGAGGAGAAGGAGGCGACUUGUGGAGCGAUUUUCGACUUGCCAAUCAAGGUACCUUGGAAUGAGAUUGCUGCAGUUGGGGAUGACGUCGAGUUCAAGUAAUCGAGGACGCGCAAUCCGUCCUUGUAACCGAGGUUCGAUGCAGGGAGUACAUGAGGUUCAGGACUAGUAGUGUCGCCAUCUUCCGCACGGUUGAUCAAGAUCACGCCUGCUCCUCCGUUGUCCUUCACUUCUUGCCCCUGGGCAGUUAUCAGAGCCGUCGAUACCACCUGGCAUAUGACUAUCUUGCCCUUCACGUCAAUGUUCUUCAGUGACCCUUCCCAACAAAAUGCUGCUGAUGCACUGUAGGUAGAAGGGUCCACAAUGGGCAGCUGCUUUGGAUGGAAGUUCGUAGGCUGGAAGAGGGAUUGGCCAUGGAGCUCCACAUUGUUCCCCAACGUCACCGUCGCCCUGAUCUCCCUAUCGAUCGUACUUGCUCCGACGGUUAGAAUCCAUGGCGCUGAGUUGGUUACUGAACUCGGUAAGGGUCCACCAUUUCCAGCAGAGCAGCUCACAAAGAUACCCUUCUGGAUGGCUCUAAAUGCUCCCAAUACAAACACAUCAUCGAAGAAAGGAUAAUGAACUAAGUUACCCAUUGAGAUUGAAAGCACAUCAACGCCAUCCUCAAUAGCUGCAUCAAUAGCUGCUAAUACGCUACUAUCAGUUUCAUCGACCUUGUACAUUGCCAAGUGGGCUUUCGGGGCGAUCCCCAUGGCUGUCCCGUUCGCUUGUCCAAACACAUUGGCACCCUCUACAGGGCUCCCUGCAGCUUCCGACGCAGUAUGACUCCCAUGGAGAUCCUUCUCCACUGGGGUAUCCCCGGCCCCUAAGAAGCUUCUAGCACCGAGGAGCUUGUUAUUACAUGUUUGCUUGCCGUUGAAGUCACACCUGCCUCUCCACUUGGCUGGCGGGGGAGGCAUGCCUUUGUCGAAGAAAGAAGGGUGAUCGUGCUUUAUACCCGAGUCAAUCAGGCCAAUGAUCACUCCCUUGCCGGAAUGCGUGGACUUCCAAGCUCCUUCAUUCUGUUGCAGGCCAAGGAACUUGGGAGUGAAGGUUGUGUGGAAGGAUACAGGUCGCUCGACUCUGGCCGAAAUAAAGCCUUCCUUUUGUUCCAUUGCUUUGGCCUCGUGCGGGGUGAGCUUAGCAGCAAAGCCUGUGAUCACAUUGCGGUAGGAGUGGACGAUCCUUUGGUGGCUUGGAAUUAAGCUUGAAGUAGUUUCUGAGAGGAAUGUGGUGUACCACUCAUGUAGGUUGGAUUCUAGUAGGCCUUCUGGUUUCUCUAAAAACACAAUGUAGGUUUCCAAGUCGGUUUUCAGGGAAGCUUCUGAUGCUUCAUGGGAGAAGGGGGAGGUGGAGAAAAACAAUGUGGAAGCUAAAGUGAGGGAGAAGAGGAAGAGGGCUUUCAUAUUUUCUUUUCUUUUCUGCACUGUCCAAGCUGGUUUACUAUGAGGUUG